AUGGGCAACGGGCUGUCUCCCUGCGUGAACAUGCCGGCGGCCGCCGAGGUGCCCGCCGCGGCCCGGCUGGUGUACUGGGGCGGGCGGACGAGGGCGCUGCCAGUCUACGAGGACGAGGAGGGUGAUGGCGAGGGCAACGGCGGUGUCUCCUGCACGGCGGCGGACGUGACGGCCGAGCUGCUCCCGGCGGACCACGUGGUCUGCCCGGCCGACUCCUUCUUCGUCGGCCUCCCGGUCCCCGUCGCGUCGCCGGGGGAGCGGCUGCUGCCGGGCCGGACCUACUUCGUGCUCCCCCGCCGCCUCCUCUCCUCCCCCUCCCCCGGCGGCAACGGCAAGGCGGCCGUGCUCACCGCGGCCACGCUCGCGUCGCUGUCGGCCGCGCCGGGGGGCAGGAAGACGGUGCAGCUCGCCGGGCCCGGCCAGUGCCCGUUCGAGUACGUCAAGGGCGGCGAGGACGGUGCCGCGGCGCUCAUCCGGGUCCUGCCGCAGUUCAUCGAGAAGGUCAUCACCUGCGACGGCGGCAACGGCAACGGCGACGCUGCCGGCCGGCGCGGGUCGGGCAAGGUGGCUGCGUCCGCGACGGAGCUGUGCAGCACGCCGGAGCUGAAGCGGCACUACGCGCAGCUCGUGGGCGCCAAGGGCCGGCCGUGGUCGCCGGGGCUGGAGACCAUCUCCGAGCGCAGCAAGAGGAGGAUCUUCCCGUCGCCGGCCACGCUGCUGCUCUCUUCGCAAUAA